CACAAACCAGAAGAAGGAGAUUAGACAACGCGACUAGGACGAAAAAUCAAAGCCUAGCGAAUUCUUCACAAUCCCAAGACAUUCCAAAUUUUCGGCCUCAUUAUGUUUUGCUGCCUACGCACCUGCCUUAAUGGCGGGCAGCUGCGUAAGCCCACAAUGGCGGCAAAUCGUCACCGAGAGCCCGAAAUCCACUUGGACGCUGCGCAUAUGGGACCCGACGUUAUAUUGCUGUCGAAUCAACUGCGGGUCACCGGCACCGGUGGGGUACUAGCCACCGCACCUUUAGUGCAAUCGAAAUCAUAUUUCGAGGUGAAAAUCCAACAGAGCGGUAGCUGGUCCAUUGGUCUGGCCACGCGUCAGGCUGAUUUAGCGCACAAAGUAGGAGGCAGCGACCGGGAGUCCUGGUGUCUGUCGUCGGACAAUGCCACACGCCACAAUGAUGAGGAGCAUCGUCCAGUGGUGGCACCCUGCACGCAACCGCCGGCCGGUAAAUCAACAUCAGCCAUUACCACCAGCGCCAAUGGUAUUCUGAACAAUAGUGCUGCGGCUGCAGCCGGUCUUAUUGCCAUAGAGGAUCUACAGGAGGACCUAUUGAUGACCACCGGCAGCAGCAAUCCAGCGCCUGAAUCUGGCGACCUCAGUGAUGCUCUCCUAUCGGCACCACAGCGCAGCUUUCCCGACGAGGGCGACAUUGUGGGCGUGGCCUUCGAUCAUGUCGAAUUGAAUUUCUAUUUCAAUGGCAAGAACCUGGAGGUGCCGUUCAGAAAUGUGAAAGGCGCCGCUGUGUUUCCAGUUAUUUACGUUGGAAAUGGCGCCAUUUUGGACAUUAUUCUAGACAAUUUCACAUACGGCCCACCAUCAGGUUUCGAACGCAUAUUGCUAGAACAAUCCUUGCUCUAAAGCCCAGAUAGACACACGUAAAGCGUUCCUCGUAAUAGGUUUUAAAGUAAACAAAUAUCGAAACAUUUCUAGUCCGGCAUCCCAAAAGUAUUUUUUGUGUAAGGGUAAGGAGAUAAAGGGUUUUCCGUGUAUACAUCUCUUUAUAUACAAUACGAUAUGUUUGUAAAUUAUUUAUGAGAAAUUUAACUGAAUUCGCGACUGCUUUGUAUUAUACACAUUCAAAAGUAUUUCCAAGUAGAUUAUCAAAGCACAGAUCUUAUAUGCUUAGUGUCUUACAUUCCUAUUCAUACAGCACUAACGGCAACAAACUAACCAAAGUUAUUGAAUAAACUACAUUUUAGCUUGAAAAGAAAUUACUUUUUAAAUCUACAUAUAGAUUUAGAAAAUGCUCCCUACACUGCAAGAUAUCUAGAUGAAAAAGAUAUAAGUACUUAUCGCACCCAUUUGUGAGCAUAGUUAGGACAAUUAAUUGCACUUUUUCUCCAUUUAGGUUUGGUAAAAAUAAUUGCAAGUGUGCCGGAAUAU